GGCUGGGCUCAGAGGCUUGACAACUCCACAGCUGUUCCUGCCUCCGAGGAGCAGCGUCUGUCCCCCAGCUCUGUGCCGUCAGUCAGCUAGAGGCAAUCCCUGGUCUGUCCUUUUACCAAUGCCCAGUGGGUGACAGGCUCUUUCCCAGAAGUUGAACAGUGAGACUCUGGCAGGUUCUUCUCUCCCAAGUCAAGUGGAUUCUCUGGUAAUGGACUGCCUUUCUGUGAGCUUCCAACCUGGCCAGGCUUUCCAAAUCUAGUCUGUGACGCAAGAUACGAAACUUCCUUCAAGGGGGAAAAUGACUGAAGAACCCACAAAAGAGAACCUGGGAGCUCCAAAGCCUCCCACACCUGUGACAAUGGAGAAAAGCCCCAAGAGUGAAGUUGUGGUCACCACGGUGCCCUUGGUCAGCGAGGUUCAGCUGAUGGCCGCCACCGGGGGUGCCGAACUCUCCUGCUACCGCUGCAUCAUCCCCUUUGCCGUGGUGGUCUUCAUCACCGGGAUCGUGGUCACCGCUGUGGCUUACAGCUUCAAUUCCCACGGCUCCAUCAUCUCCAUCUUCGGCCUGGUCCUUCUGUCCUCUGGACUAUUUUUACUAGCCUCCAGCGCCUUGUGCUGGAAGGUGAGACAAAGGAACAAGAAAGUCAAGAGACGUGAGAGUCAGACAGCUCUUGUGGUGAACCAGAGAAGCUUGUUUGCUUAAGACUGAGUAAGAGCAAAUGGGAACUUUCGCCCUCCCGCCCUGCUCUACUCCUUGAAUUCAUUCAUACGGAACCAGCCCGGGGAGCGGAUGGGCUCAACUCUGGACUGAACUACCAAAAUGAAAAUAGGACAUAGAGAGGACUGAAAACGAGCGGUCAAGACGGUCCCCCCUUAGUAGGGGAUAACUCAUCUUCUUUAACGACAAACUUAAUCCUAAGGGCUAUUUCUCAGUCAGAAGACUCAGCUUUCUUUUUUACGUUAAAUGUUUGGGGAACGUGGGAGAUACACAGCAUUACGUAAGACUUGGUUCACUUUAAAAAGUACCCAAAGGAAGGACAAAUAAGAGCCCUGGCAAGUGGCGUCCUAAAAACGUUCCACCGAAAGCCUACAAUGGCUUGGCAUUCCCACGUACCUAAGAAAUUCUGUUAUAUAUAUAUUUCCCAAUAAGUUGAUUCUCUGCCCCACCCCUUUUAAAAGAAUUUUCACUUCCAGUAACAUCACUAGAGGUACUUUAUUUUGAAGAAUAGACUAAUAUUUUUUAUAUUUUAACAAUGGACAAUUUUAGAUGAUUGUAAUGUCAGAAGAAAACAGAAGUGUAGAUGAUAAGGCAGAUGACAUGGGGACAAUUAAAUUAAUACUGAAAAUCCAAUAUAGCACCUUUGAUGGUUUUUAUACAAAAGUAAAAUGUGCAUUUCACUCAAAAUAAUAAAUGCUCAUGGCUGCUGAAACUUCUUA